AUGUCCCGGCAAUCUACUGUCACCUUCCACUCCGGCAGCCGCAGGGGCUUCAGCACAGCCUCAGCCACCACCCCUACCGCUGGACGCUCCCGCUUCAGCUCCGUGUCUGUAGCCCGCUCCUCAGGAAACAGUGGGGGGCUGGGCAGGAUCAGUGGGAUUGGUUCUAGCUUUGGGAGCCGCAGCCUCUACAACCUGGGGGCUACCAGGCCGGUCUCUGUUGGUGGUUGUGCUGGCAGUGGCUUCAGGAGUGGCUUUGGUGGCAGGGCUAGCAGUAGCUUUGGUUAUGGAGGGGGUUUUGGUGGUCCUGGCUUCCCUGUCUGUCCCUCUGGAAGCAUUCAAGAAGUUACUGUCAACCAGAGCCUCCUGACUCCCCUCAACCUGCAAAUCGACCCCACCAUCCAGCGGGUGCGGAAAGAAGAGCGGGAGCAGAUCAAGACCCUGAACAACAAGUUCGCCUCCUUCAUCGACAAGGUACGCUUCCUGGAGCAGCAGAACAAGGUCCUUGAGACCAAGUGGAACCUCCUACAGGAGCAGGGCUCCAGGACAGUCAGACAGAACCUGGAGCCUUUCUUCGAUGCCUACGUCAAUGACCUCCGCCGGCAGCUGGACAGCGUCACAGCUGAAAGGGGCAGACUGGAUGCUGAACUGAGGAACAUGCAGGAGGUCGUAGAAGACUUCAAAGUCAGGUAUGAAGACGAAAUUAACAAGCGUGCAGCUGCCGAGAACGAGUUCGUGGGCCUGAAAAAGGACGUAGACGGGGCCUACAUGAACAAGGUGGAGCUGGAAGCGAAAGUUGACUCUCUGACUGACCAGAUCAACUUCUACCGGAUGAUCUAUGAGGCAGAGCUGUCUCAGAUGCAGAACCAGGUCAGCGACACCUCUGUGGUCCUCUCCAUGGACAACAACCGCAACCUGGAUCUGGACAGCAUCAUCGCUGAGGUCAAGGCCCAGUAUGAGGACAUUGCCAACCGCAGCCGGGCAGAGGCUGAGUCCUGGUACCAGACCAAGUACGAGGAGCUGCAGGUGACAGCGGGCCGGCACGGGGAUGACCUCCGCAACACCAAACAGGAGAUCUCGGAGAUGAACCGGAUGAUCCAGAGGCUGAGAUCUGAGAUCGAUGCCGUCAAGAAGCAGUGCUCCAGCCUGCAAACUGCUAUCUCUGACACGGAGCAGCGUGGGGAGCUAGCCCUCAAGGAUGCUCGGGCCAAACUGGUGGAGCUUGAAGAUGCCCUGCAGAAGGCCAAGCAGGACAUGGCCCGGCUGCUGCGCGAGUACCAGGAGCUCAUGAACGUCAAACUGGCCCUGGAUGUGGAGAUCGCCACCUACAGGAAGCUUCUGGAGGGCGAGGAGUGCAGGCUGAGCGGAGAGGGAGUUUCCCCAGUGAACAUCUCUGUGGUCACUUCUACAGUUUCCAGUGGCUACAGCGGUGGCACCAACAUCGGAGGUGGAAGCCUGGGUCUUGGCGGGAACAGUGGCUACUCCUUCACGACCACUGGUGGGCACAGCCUGGGUACAGGUCUGGGAGGCUCUGGCUUUACCGCCAGUAGCAGCCGGGGCCCAGUGGGCAGUGGCUCCAGCAUCAAGUUUGUCUCCAGCACGUCAUCCAGCAGGAAGAGUUACAAGCACUGAGGAGGUCAGCCGGCAGUCCCCCUUGCCACUGCUCCGAAGCCUCUCAUACAUUUAUAACCGGAUGUCUGGGCCCUUGUCCCGUAUCCUCUUCAUAGUAGCCGCCUCCCCAGCUGCCAGGGAUCCUGGCAUCCCGGCUGAACCCAUUCACUGGCCUAUGGCAGCCUCCCGACAGCCCUAGGCUGCUCCUGGUACUUCUUUGUGUUAGACACAUAGACCCAAAGCUUACACCCCUCCAAAGUUCACAAUCAGUGGAUCUGCCAGAGCCGGACAUCUGCAAAUGCCUCUUCAGUGCCACCGGCCCCUUUCCUCCAGGUGCAGCAGCACUGGAGGAGUCCGUGUCUCCCAGUCCACCUCAACACCAGGCUGUCUUGUCCCUCUCUGGCUGCUUACACACUGCCAGCUGGAGUCAAAGCUCCUCUGUUUCCUCCUGGAAUGCGCCUAUUAAAUCCAUGUGUCAUGUGUUUGGCUCA